AGAGGGACGUACGCUAAAUUAAACGACCUUAAUUGCAGAGAGAACUGCUUGCCACCCUUCCUAUCUUCUCCCCUCACUCGCACACCAGUCAGGUCUGUAGGUCUCUGUGGUUGCUCUGCUGCUAAGAGACCUACCUCAGAUCUUCUGUAUCAGGAAAAAAGCUAUAAAACCGCAGACGUCACAAAAAAUAAGGCCACCCUUCCUAUCUUCUCCCCUCACUCGCACACCAGUCAGGUCUGUAGGUCUCUGUGGUUGCUUUGCUGCUAAGAGACCUACCUCAGAUCUUCUGUAUCAGGAAAAGAGCUAUAAAACUGCAGACGUCAGAAAACACAAGGCACUGGCCCACAUAGUAACAACUGAAAUGGAGGAUUGGGAACCCACUUCUUUAGGAUCUACAGAAGCCAAAGAGGACUCCUCAUUACCAACAGUUAACAGGUCUUGUGAGAAUCUGGAAUGCUACAUGGUCCUCGUCGAGGCGGAGAAGACAGCCAUUGGCUCCAUAUGUUUCCUGGCAGGCCCUGUCACACUGCUGGAGAAUGUUCUGGUUUUGGGAGUGAUCGCUGCCACAGCCACCCUGCGGCAACGACCUUCAUAUCUUUUCAUUGCCAGCCUUGCUCUGGCUGAUGUCUUCGCCAGCUGCUUCUUCACCACCAGCUUCCUCGACUUUCACCUCUUUCGCCGCAGUGACGGCCCCACCGCCUACCUCUUUAAAUUAGGUGGUGUCACUAUGGCCUUCAGUAGCUCAGUGGGGAGUUUACUGCUGACCGCUCUGGACCGCUACCUCUGCAUCCACCAGGCCUCCAGUUAUAAGUUACUACUGACCCGCCGGCGAGCACUGCUGAGCCUGCUGAUCCUCUGGAGUGCCACCAUCUUCAUCUCCUUCUUGCCACUGAUGGGCUGGAGGUGUCCCACAGAGCUCAAUCCCCCCUGCUCACGCCUGUUUCCCUACAUCAACCAGGGCUAUCUGGCCUGCUGGACCAGCUUCAUCCUGGUGCUUCUGGCUCUCAUUUUGGGGGCUUAUGCUCUCAUCCUGUGGAAGGCCCACCGCCAUGAGUCCUCCAUGACAAGUUUCCAGGGAGCAGCAGGGACAGGCCAGGCCCGCAUGAGGAUGGAUAUCCGGCUAGCACGUACCUUUGGCCUGAUCCUACUCAUACUAGUGGGCUGCUGGCUCCCUGCACUCUCGAUCAUGUUAGCUGAUGUUUCUGUGCUCCUGACCCGCAACCAACAGAGGGCCUUCGCAUUUUGCAGCACCCUCUGCCUGGUUAACUCUGCAGUUAACCCACUGCUGUAUGGACUGCGCUGCCGAGAUCUAAGAGUUGCUCUACUGCAGUUGCUACAAAGGAUGUGUAAAAUUAGGAGGUGUAAAAAAUCUACAGAGGACUCAACCCAAGGAUUACCCUCCGCAGAAGACACCUGCAUUCCCCUGUCUGAAGAUGAGAUGCCCAUGACCAGUCAAGUUGUCUCUGUCUCAGAAGUGGUGAACAAUCAGCAGCUGAACAUCAGAAAAUGUGUUGAAAUUAUGGAGUAGCUGUACAAAUCAAGAGGUGUCUGUAAUGGCAGCGUGCUUUGGGUCUAAAGAAUGUCACUCUAGAUUAAGAAUAAAAUCUACAAUAUCUACAAGCAGAAUUUAUUCUCAUCAAAUGAUUAGUACUAGCAAAUACUUAAAUUUCCCUUUUUGAACGAGUCUAUUGUAGUAAAGUCUAUCAAACAAUAACUCUAGAAUAUUGUCAGUAGUAAUGUAUCAGAAAGCCUAUAAAAUGUUAGAAACAUGCUACAUGUUAUGUUUUGCUAGCAGUUAAAAAUUGCACUGAUAAUACAGUAAGUGUGAUUAACAUGGCACGAUUCCAAAAUAUAGUUAUCUAUAUGCAAGUAGGACACAAGGACUUUUAUAAAAGCAUUUUAUAGGCAUUGGUUAAUGCCAGGCAAAAGGUUUAGUGUAUGUUGGCCUUUUUUAACUGAGAUGAUGUGAUGUGGCCAGGCCAUUCAACACAACACAUAACCUUUGACGUCUCUGCCUCCUCACUUCUAUGACAUACUGUGCCCUGUGAACUGAAGUGCUGACUUAACUUUUGGGUACACCACAUGGUAGAAAGGGUGAUGUUGUUGUUCAUGUGUUUGUUUAUGUUUGAGGAUUUGUCCCUGAGCAUGUGGGUUGCCUAUCCUAUCUGCUACUGAAUGCCAGGACUCCACAAAAGCCCCAUGCACAGGAGGAUUUCACACAGUGUUCGCCACAUGAAUCCAAGCAGUGUGCCGGGGGUGAAUGGGGCACAUGCCAGGAAGAGAACGAGCACAGAGACUAGAACACUCUUUGCAAUAUUGACAACUGGCAGCUGCAGUAAAACAGAUACUGACAUUCACUUAAAUUCACAGGGACGCAUACUGUAAAGUAACAAAUUAGAGAAACACAAGUAAAACACAAUUUCUGAUCUUAGGUCAUUGGAUUCUAGACAGAAAAUAUGUUUCAACCACUGUAUAAACUGAUUAAAAAUAAUACUUGGCCAUGCUAUUUUUCCAAGCAAAUGUCACAAUUACAAAA